UAUGCAAUUUCUUUGAUACUGAUGAGAAAGAAGGGGAUUAUCACUUCUGGCAUUUUUUUCCUAUUCUGGUUUUUCUUGAGUAUAGGAACUGGUGCCUCAUUUUAUACUGCAUUGCAAAAGACUUUCAAUUCAGCUUUUCCCUAUGAUGAAGAAUAUGAAAAUUUUCAGUACUCAACAAUAGUUCUAUAUUUUACAUUGUCCUUUACUCAGUUUUUCUUGAAUUGUUUCUCAGAUAGAAGAGUCAAUCCUGAUGAUAUUCCUAAAAGAGAAAGUCCUGAAGAAAGAGCUUCUUUCCUGUCAAAGAUCACAUUUUGGUGGUUUAAUCCAUUAGCUAUAUUAGGAUAUAAGAAACCUCUAGCAUCAGCAGACAUGUGGGAAUUGAGUGAAAUUAACCAGUCUGAGUACCUACAAGCCUUGUUUGAAAAAUAUUGGCAACCUCUAGUAAAUACUUUAAGCAAUCAUCGUCACAAACUCAAAAAUCAGCUGUCUAGGAGAUAUUCUAGGAAGGAUGGAGAACUGCAUGCAGACUCUGUUGAGGUUGUAAUAUCUCCAAGUGAUAUUGAAAAAGACAUUUCUAAAUUGAGUAUAUUGAAGCCUAUUCUGAAAAGCUUUGGUUGUGAACUGUUCAUUGCUGGGCUGUUAAAAUUUGGAGCCAGUACCAUUACUUUUGUUAAUCCUAUUUUACUAGAUUUGCUUAUUGCAUUUGUUGGAACCAAUGAACCAUUUUGGAAAGGAUUGAGCUAUGCUGCGGGUAUGUUUUUUGCAGCGAUGCUUGAAUCUUUUCUAAAUAGUCAGUAUGAGUAUCGCAUAUAUGUGAUUGCAAUGCGCAUACGUUCCUGCAUUAUUUCUGUUGUGUAUAAAAAAGCUCUUGUACUCUCAAACGCUGCAAGAAAGAACUUUACGGUUGGGGAAAUAGUAAAUCUCAUGUCUGUUGAUACACAGAGAGUCAUGGAUUAUGUUCAAUUGGUGAAUCUGUUAUGGUCAGCUCCCCUUCAAAUUGUUAUUGCUGUGUAUCUAUUGUGGCAACAGUUGGGUUAUGCAACACUUGGAGGACUAGGUGUGAUGAUUUUAAUGAUUCCUCUCAAUGCUGUUAUCAGCGUUCUCAUUCGAAAAUUUCAGGUUCUUCUCAUGAGAGACAAAGAUAAAAGAACUAAACUAAUGAAUGAAGUUUUAAAUGGCAUCAAAGUUUUGAAAUUGUAUGCAUGGGAAAAUUCAUUUAUAAAAGAAGUAUUGAAUGUAAGAAAUUCAGAAGUAAAAAGUCUCAGAAGCCAGGCCUAUUUAAAUGCAGCUAUAACUUUCGUAUUUACUUCAGCUCCUUUUCUUAUUGCAUUAGCUAGUUUUGCUACCUAUGUACUUAUGGAUUCUAACAAUGUACUAGAUGCCAACAAGGCUUUCGUAUCUCUGUCUUUGUUCAACAUUCUUAGAAUUCCUACUGCACUUCUUCCUAUGAUAGUAACUUACACUGCUAUGUUUGUUGUUGCCUUAAAGCGCAUAAAUAAAUAUCUACAAAGUGAUGAACUAGAUCUUGACGUUGUGAAACAUGAUCCCUCUGAAAAAGAUCCUGUGGUCAUUGAAAAUGGGAACUUUUCCUGGACAAAAGAUGAGCCUCCUGUGUUGACUGAUUUGAAUUUCGUUGCAAAAGAAGGAUCCUUGGUUGCAGUUGUUGGACAAGUUGGAUCAGGAAAAUCAUCUUUACUUUCUGCAUUGCUGGGAGAUAUGGUUAAGUGGUCUGGAAAAGUCAAUGUAAAAGGAUCUGUUGCAUACGUUCCCCAACAAGCAUGGAUACAGAAUGCUACCUUAAGAAAGAAUGUACUAUUUACUAAGCCUUUCGAGUCUAAGAGGUAUGAAAGUGUUUUAGAUGCAUGUGCUUUAACACCAGAUCUGGAGAUUUUGCCUGGAGGUGAUCAAACUGAAAUUGGAGAGAAGGGUAUAAAUCUUAGUGGUGGACAGAAACAAAGAGUUAGUCUUGCCAGGGCUGUGUACAAUGAUGCUGAUAUAUAUUAUUUGGAUGAUCCUUUGAGUGCGGUUGAUGCUCAUGUUGGAAAGCAUAUUUUUGAAAGAGUAAUUGGGCCUCAAGGUUUGCUGAAAAAGAAAACUAGGAUUUUGGUUACACAUAGAAUAAGUGUUCUCCCUGAAGUUAACAGCAUAGUAGUUCUUCAAGAUGGCAAAGUGACGGAAACGGGAUCUUACCAUGAACUUCUUGCUAAAAAAGGUGCUUUUGCCGACUUCCUUAUUCAGUACCUUCAGGAAAAUGCAAGCGAAGUAUCCGAAUCGGUUCUUCCUGACGAGUUAAAUUUAAUUCAGGAAAUUGCAGCUAGUGUUGGAGCACCUCCAGAAAUUGCUAGGCAGUUAUCUAAAUUAAGUGAUCCUGAAAGUGAAACUGACAGAGAUUCUAAACGAGCUACGUCACCAACUACUCCUGAAGGUGGUGAAGGUAUUCGGAAAAGAACACCAAGCGUCAGGAAUUCUGUUAGCAAAGAAGAUGUUCGUAAACGUGAUUCUAUCAAGGAAGUUCAGUUAAGCAAAGGGAGCAAACUAACUGAAAAGGAAACAAUGGAAGUUGGAUCAGUAAAAAGCUCUGUGUAUUUGGACUAUAUUAGAGCACUAGGCUACUGGACUGCUUUUGGGAUUGUUAUUUGCUAUGCCAUUUCUACAGCAUUCAACCUUGGUUCCAGUUUAUGGCUGACUGCUUGGAGUGAUGACUCUUUAGAUCGUUCCAAUGCAAAAGAUAUAAAUUUACGAAAUCUGCGACUUGGGGUGUAUGGUGGAUUAGGUGGGGCUGAAACUUUGUUUACCUUAAUAACAGCAGUAUCAUUGAACUUGGCAUGCUUAAAGGCAGCAACUAUGCUUCAUGAUGGAAUGCUAUGUCAUAUUAUGCAUGCACCUAUGUCCUUUUUUGAUACAACACCCCUGGGAAGAAUCUUGAACAGAUUUUCAAAAGACAUAGAUACAGCUGACAUGACUAUUCGCUUCAAUAUGCGGAUGCUUCUAAUCCAGUCUUUCAGAGCUUUAUCAACUGUUAUAAUUAUCUCCAUGGAGACCCCAUUUUUUAUUGUGAUAUGCUUGCCCUUGGCUGUUCUGUACUAUUUCUUGCAGAAAUUUUAUAUACCUACAUCGCGGCAGCUGAAAAGACUUGAAUCUACAACACGUUCUCCCAUUUAUUCUCAUUUCUCGGAAACUGUUACUGGUGCUUCUUGCAUAAGAGCUUAUGGAGCCCAAAAAAUAUUUAUGUGCCAAUCCAAUGAGCUUGUUGAUGGUAAUAAUGAAACAUACUACCCCAGUUUAGGAGCAAGCAGGUGGCUUUCUAUUCGUCUUGAGUUUCUAGGAUAUACUAUAGUAUUCUUGGCUGCAUUGUUUGCUGUUCUUGCCCAAGAUACAGUAACCCCCGGAGUUGCAGGUCUUUCCGUCAGUUAUGCUUUAAUGAUAACUCAAAUUCUGAAUAUGCUUGUGAGGGCUACAGCUGAUGUCGAAACAAAUAUAGUUGCUGUUGAACGAUGCUUAGAAUAUACCAAAACUCCAACAGAGGCGGAAUGGACAAAUGAAAAGACCAAGCCAGACCCAUCAUGGCCUACUGAUGGAGCAAUAAAAUUUGAUUCUUAUUCCACACGUUAUAGAGAAGGUUUAGAACUAGUUCUUAGAGGCAUAUCUUGUAAUAUUAAUCCAAACGAGAGAUGUGGCAUUGUGGGUAGAACAGGUGCUGGAAAGUCAUCGCUUACUCUUGCCUUAUUUCGCAUAAUUGAAGCUGCUGGUGGUAAAAUAUUGAUUGAUGGACUCGAGAUUUCUAAGUUGGGUCUGCAUGAGCUUCGUUCUAAGCUCACAAUUAUUCCACAGGAUCCAGUCCUUUUUACCGGCUCACUACGAAUGAAUUUGGAUCCAUUCCAAACAUAUUCUGAUGAUGCACUAUGGCUAGCUUUAGAACAAGCUCAUUUAAAAAAGUUUGUCUUGACAUUAGAAAAAGGUUUAGACCAUGUAAUAAGUGAAGGUGGUGAAAAUUUAAGCGUUGGUCAAAGGCAGUUGGUGUGUUUGGCCAGGGCCUUGCUGAGGAAAUCUAAAGUUUUAGUUCUUGAUGAAGCUACAGCAGCGGUAGAUGUUGAAACAGAUGAUCUCAUACAGUCUACAAUUCGUACAGAGUUUAGUGAUUGCACUGUUUUGACUAUUGCUCAUAGAUUAAAUACAAUUUUAGAUUAUAAUAAGUAA